UAGAAAAAAGAAAUUCACGAGAAUGCCUUCGACAACCUCUGUUUUCUCAGCUUACACUAGCAUCGCCGCUUCAGCCAUGGUGGCUCGGGCAAUGAUCAGUGAAACCAACACAAUUCUCUGCCAAAUUAUCCCCCAAAAACUCCGUCAGGAAAUUUCCUUCAAAUUCAACGCCAUGUUCGGACCUCUCUCUUCUCACAUGACUCUCAUCAUCGACGAGAACAACGGAGUCGCCAUUAACGAGCUUUACAGAGCUUCCGAAACCUAUCUCACUACAAAAAUUCCCACAUCGCUGAAGCACCUCAAAGCCUCCAAAUCCCCGGGCGAGAACAAUUUAUCUUUCAAAAUCAACAAAGGCGAUAAUUUAACCGACGAAUUCGAAGGAAUUGAAGUCACAUGGGAGUUAAUUUCCACAGAAAAACAGAGCACGUAUUUCGAUUUCGACAGCUAUUCUCAAACAUCCGAAACAAUCGAAAAACGGCACUACCGAAUGAGCUUCCAUAAGAAACACAGGGAUUUGGUGAUGAACAUUUACCUUCCGUACAUUCUGAAGAGAGCAAAAGCCAUAGAGGAGGAAAACAGAGCGGUGAAAAUUCACGCCUUAAUGGGAGGCUAUGGGAAUGGGGAUUCGAUUGUUUUGCAGAGUACGUGCUGUUUUGAGAAAUUGGCUAUGGAUCCGAAGAAGAAGAAGGAUGUGAUGGAUGAUUUGGAGAGAUUUGUGAGGAGGAGGGAUUUUUAUCGGAGGAUUGGGAAGGCGUGGAAAAGAGGGUAUCUUCUGUACGGCCCACCGGGGACUGGGAAAUCGAGCUUGGUGGCGGCCAUGGCGGAUUAUCUGAAGUUCAAUAUAUAUGACUUGGAGCUUACGAGCGUGCAGAGCAACUCGGCGUUGAGGACGAUGCUGUUGUCUACUACUGAUCGGUCGAUUAUUGUGAUUGAAGAUAUUGAUUGUAGUGCUGAGCUUGAGGAUCGCAACAAUGGCGGAUAUGGGGGUGCCGGUGACACCAAGUUGACUUUGUCUGGAGUUCUAAACGCCAUUGAUGGGUUAUGGUCAAGCUGCGGGGACGCGAGGAUUAUAGUUUUCACGACGAAUCAUAGGGAGAAGCUGGACCCAGCGUUGUUAAGGCCGGGGCGAAUGGAUAUGCACAUCCACAUGACUUAUUUGACCCCGUCUGGAUUUCAGAUUCUUGCCUCAAACUAUUUGCAGAUCAAAAACCAUGAUCGAUUUAGAGAAAUCGAAGAGCUGAUAAUGGAGGUGGAGGUCACGCCGGCAGAAAUUGCAGAGGAGCUCAUGAAAAGCGACGAUGCUGACGUGGCCCUUGGAGCAGUCGUGGAAUUCAUCAACGGCAAGAAGAGGAAGAAGAUGGAGAAGGAAUUAUGUAAUUCUGAAUUGAUAAAAAACGACGAACAGAGCCUUCGAAAUAUUGAGGAAGAAGAUCAGAAUGUAAAAAAGAGAAACAAAAGAAGACGCACCAGAUGGGGGCGGAAAAAAUGAAGCAGCCUCCUCUUUUUACACCUACCAUUAAUUAGGGAGUUUCGUGGGU